GCGUUUGAGAAUGCUGCCUUUACGGAUUGUUUGAGCUGUCCAUCAACUGCCGUCGCUUGUGAAAUUGCUAUAUUUAAGGAUGACAGUGGCCUGGAGUGGUAGAAUGGUCUUCUGGCUGUGCGUGCUGAUAGCGCUGUGCUUUGAGAUAAACACGAGCUGGAGUCUACAGGUGGCCGUUCAUGCCGCAGAGGUGGACAAGCAGCAAUGGAAUGAGAAGCCGGGGAUAUUUAAUAGCAGCAAGGCAGAGCAUUUAGGACUAGAACACUUGGAGGAGGCAUUUGAGGAACAGGGCUAUUACCUGCAGAGGCUGUUUCUGCAGUACGGGGAGAACGGGACGCUGACCUUCGGCGGGCUGCAGAAGCUCCUGGGCAGCCUGGGUCUGGGCGAGGUCAGCGUGCUGGAGAUCAGCCACCAGGGCCUGAGGCAAACCUCCCUCUCCUCCCAGCACCUGCACGCCCAUGAGAGCCAGCCGCCACAUCCCGAGAGCAGCUGGCAGGAUGGGACCGUUUGGGAGAAAAGGACCGCAGACAACACCAAAAAUGCCCAUACCAGCGGUGGACCUCUGACUGGUGUAAAUGAGGGAGUGGAUCACCCCGGGUUACCCUCUGUCCCCCAUCUCCAGCCGGGCCAAAGGCAGUUUGGGAAGCCUUCCCUUGUGCUGGAUCACCCCAUGAAGAACCACCUGCAUGGCAAUUGUCUGAAUGUCAGUCAGCUCCUGUGGAACUUCGGCCUAGGAAAAGCUUCCCAUAUCACCCCUGCACACUUCACCUUCCUGUGCCCCGCCCUACUCUACCAGAUUGACAGCGGGGUCUGUCUGCGGCACCCCGAGGGACGGGGGCAAGAGGCAGGAAGGGGCGAGUCUUUCCUUAAAGCUCUGGGGUGGGGUUCCCUGGCUCUGGUGGUGAUUAGUUUGCCCUCCUUGCUAGCCCUGGGUCUUAUACCCCUCCUGCCCCCGGCCCGCCUCCAUACCCUCCUUUGCCCGAUGGCGGCCCUGGCCGUGGGCACACUGUGUGGCGAUGCCCUGCUGCAUCUCCUGCCUCAUACGAGGCCAGGAUUGCAUUCUGAGUCAGAGCAGCGGGAUUCUGUGCUGAAAGGCCUCAGCGUGCUCGGCGGCCUCUACCUGCUCUUCCUGGUGGAGAGCAUUUUAGGGCUGCGGCGCCACUCUAAGAGGAGGGUCAAGAGGAAGCAGAAGGGUUCCUCCAGUGCAGACCGGGAUGGAGACCCAGAGAAGGAGCUGACUGCAUUAGAAGGUACGACCCCUCUAGAGGAAACUCAGCACUCUGAUGAUCUAAACACAGUGGAGCAUGGACACGGUCAUUCCCACAGCCACCCGGCCCAGGGGAAUGCUGGGAUGGGCAGCCUGGUGUGGAUGGUGGUCAUGGGGGAUGGAAUCCACAAUCUCACUGAUGGGCUGGCUAUCGGAGCGGCUUUCUCUCAGAGUCUGGCGGGGGGUCUGAGCACCACUGUGGCUGUCUUCUGUCAUGAGCUCCCCCAUGAACUGGGUGACCUGGCGGUUUUGCUGGGAGCGGGCUGGCCCGUGCGCCGGCUGCUGCUGUUCAGCGGGAUCUCAGCUGCGCUGGGCCUCGUGGGCCUGCUAGGGGGCGCUGUCCUGGGGCACCACUCCGCCUCGCUGUCGCCCUGGAUCUUGGCGCUCACCGCCGGGGUCUUCCUCUACGUGGCGCUCGCUGACAUUGUGCCCGAGAUGCUGCACGGAGACCCCGGCCCAACGCGACCUCUGACCCGCUUCCUCCUGCAGAACCUGGGCCUGCUGACGGGAGGCGGUAUCAUGCUGUGCAUCGCGCUCUUUGAGGAGGACAUCGCCUUCAACCUUGGGGACGUCUGAGCGAGGAGAGGGAGGGGCUGGGAGCGUAAAGCCGCAGCUGAACUCUGUCCUGCCAGGAGCGCCAGCCAUGAUGCGCCCUGGUGACUUUGCCCCAUUUCAAUUGGCUGGGUCCCAUUUUAGGGACGUCAAGCCUUCUUAACACUGCACCACUGUGGAGACACUGUGUGGGGAAUCUCCACUGGUGUCAUGGAUCUCUGUAAAGUUCUCUUAAGGGCUUGUAUAAGAACAGCCAAAGACAAAGAGUGAACCAGUAUUUUGGGAAUGAAUUCACAGCGUCUGUAAAAACAGGACAUGUUCCCACC